GAAAAUCAAAUAAGAAGUGUCGCAAGUUUCAUAAAUUCUCUUUCUCUCUUUCAGAUUACAUAUUAUUUAGCUUUACUUUCAAGUUUAACCUCCAUGUCCAAGGAUCGCCAUGAAAGUAUUCUUCAAGAAAGUCCUCAAGAACUUAAGCAACAACAACGAAAGCAAGAUGAAGAAGACGAAGAAAAAGAAAAAGGGAUUGGAAAAGAUGAUGAUGAUGAAGAAGAAGUAACUGUGACCUCGAGAAAAUUAGAUGAUGAUGAAGAUGAAGGCGAAGAGUGUAAAACGCCAAGUUCGAGAGAUCACAAGACACCAGCGAUUCAAAGUUGCCCACUGACACCCAGGAAGAAACCAAUGAUGAGGAUGAAGAGAAAAGUAUCAGAGUUGCAGUUCUUUGAAACUACAAGAAGUGAAGAGGUAACACUCUAAGACCCAGGCAAUCUUGGAGCAGAGUUGCAGCCAUAUUCAUUAUGCGAGGUGAAAACUGUACUGUAACCUCCCAAUCUCUGUCCAUCAUUUCCCAGACCAUUACAUCCAUUCUGGUGCGAUUAUUGAUCAGUCCCAUGGCCUCCAAACUACCAACUGUUUGAUUACCAAACAUAACUAUCUAGGUUAACUUUUAUUAUCUAUUUGAGUGUAUGUAUGUAUGUAUGGAUGUAAGUGUAGCUAGGUUAGCAUAAAACCUAAUAAGGACAAGCUGUUUUGCCAUUUUUGUGCCUAAUAUUCUGUCCUAAAUAUUGGUAUGGUUUGUCCAUGUUAUCAAUUAUUUAUGGGAAAAAGAG